UAAUAAAUAAUAUAUUUUAUACCUUUAUUUUAAAAGAAUUAUUCUUUAAAAAAGUAAGUAAAGCCUUUAUCUUUAAUAAUAAAACUAAAAGAGGAAAAAGAGAUUAUUAA